AUGAGAGGGCUGUUUAAGAUGGAGUGUGUCCUGUGUCCACUGCUCUCAGCUCUGCUUGUGCUGCUGAGUUCUUCUCCAGAGUGUAACGGACAAGACACAGUGAAGCAGGCAGCAGGAGAGGACCGAGUGAGAGAGGGACACACUCACACACUCAUCUGCAACUUUACAACCACAGGCUACAGCUACUUGUUCUGGUACAGACAGAAAGAUGGUGAUUCUCCAAAGUACAUGCUGUUGCGUGUACUCGCGCGUACAAAUGGAAUAGGGCGUAAUUCUCCAGAGUUCGAUGGAUCCAAGUUUAGUGCUGAGCUCGUGGGGAAGUCUUUGUCUCUGAAGAUGGAGGCUGUGGAUGUGACUGACUCUGCUGUGUACUACUGUGCUCUGCAGCCCACACUGACAGGAAACACCAACACUCUGAACAAAAACCUCUGCAGCAAAGACAACACAAUAGUGCAGUGUCUCCACUAG